CACCAGUCGCAACACAAUCAACGCAUUCAAUGCAUUCAACAUGUCUUCGCUACGCGUCGUCACCUCUGCUGCCGCCACCGCUGCCGUCGUCGUCGUCGUGGCCGCCUGAUUUGCGUUAUUCGCCGCAGAUAUUUAACAUCCUGUUCCGUUUGAUCUGGCAUUCAGUUGUUGCAUACUUUCCAGCGUGUUCACAUUAGCGCUGCCAAUCCAGCGGACAAACACAAACAAAUUACACAAAUUUUCAAAUAAAAUCUAAUUUGGCUAAAGCACACUCAAUUCUAUUAAUUAGUGAGUUUUGAAAUUUUCAAAAACUUUGACUUUGCUUUGAAGUGUGAUCCAGCGUAAAAUUUAACCAAAUAACUGUAGUUUUUCGUGUUUGUAAAUUAAAAACGAUUAUAAUUGAAGCAAAUCCUAGACACAAGUGAAGAAUUCAAAUCAGUGUUUUCAAAAAUAUUUAAGUGCGUACAUCUAACUAAAAUUUUAAAAAGUGUUUAAAAACUGUUGCAGCUUAUUGUCAGCUUCCUCUAUUCAUUCUACCCAAAUUUGGACAACACUCCACACACAUAAAACUUUAAAUGGCAGUGCAAAAACUGAAAUGCCUCACUGGGUGUUGUUGUAGUUUGUUGCUUGUGUUUCUACUUUGCAAUGCCGUAGCAGCAACGAAUGGUACCGGAAAUGAGGCGACGACGCAUGAGGGUCAUAAUUACCCGACGGUCAUAAACGAACGGACGAGACGUGAUGUUUCAGCGUUGGUCGACAGCACUACGACGCUCCAACCGUUGGCCUACAACAAUGACAAUGAUAAACCCAAUGCGGCUGAUAAUAAGGACAAACAUAAUUUGCCAUUUAACGUUGUUGGCAAUCCGCUGCGUACCUUGAACAUUGUCAAGCGUACGCCGAGCGGCUUCACUGGGAUGCGCGGUAAAAAGGAAUAUGAAUACAGCGAUUACAGUAAUGCCAACAAUCUGGCAAUGGAUGACGAUCACACAGCCGAUUGGGACAUCGAUCCCAUACAGCAAGUUGCCUACGAAAAUGAAUUGAAUGAGGCCUACGGCCACCUGUUGGAUUUGGAACCACGCUUUAAGAAAGCGCCCAGUACCUUCUAUGGGGUUCGUGGCAAAAAGUAUAGUGACUACAAUAUAAAUCGUGUUGAUUCGUUGAUACAGCGUUUGGAAGAGGACCGUUUGCGUCAAUCGUUAAUACAGAAUUUCAUCAGAGAAUUGGUAAAUCGUCAAGCAAUGUCACAGAAUGAUGUCACAAAACGUGCACCAACCGGUUUCACAGGAAUGCGCGGUAAACGACCAGCGAUGGUAGACUAUUUGUUUAACGGCGAAGAUGGGUCAUCAUUGGCAGAGCCAUUCGAGGAGGAUAAGCGAGGUCCAGUAAAUGCAUUUAUGGGUGUGCGUGGUAAAAAGGAUGUCAAUCAUCAAGCGUUUAAGAGAUCUCCACUAGAGUUUCCUUAUUUCGAAAUAUUCAAUAUUUUCUCACAGUCUGGCAACCGACGGAGCAAGUCACAACGUUUCGUCGAUUUCAACAACAAAUUCGUGGCGGUGCGUGGCAAGAAGGACGAUGACAGCAGCAACACUUUCGCCGACGAGACACACCAGGGGUACUACGUCAACAAUAUGCCGCUACUGGCGCUGCACGGCAUACGCGGCAAAAGAGCUAUAGCCACGCCAGCGGAAACGGAACAAACGCCAUACAAGCUAGCAGUCGAAGACCUCCAUGCGCUCAAAAACUAAACUCACAUCACCUGGCUUUGGAUUACACGUCAUAGAACGGGCUACAUAUUAACGGAAAGCAAGUUUUCUUUCACUAAAGUUCUCAAGCAAAAGAAGAAACAAAUAAAUUAAAUAAAAGUUCCUUUCAUUGUCAACAUUAAAAUUUGCAAACAACUCAAAAAUACAAACACAUACAAACACACUAUUUACUAACGCAUAUAAGAGGCUAAAUUUUGAACUGCGAGUACCUUGCAUACAGACUAACCUUUGACGCUCAUGUUCAAUGGGGAUGGAUAUUCACUGUGUGGCUCAUGGUGAGAUUGUAGAUAAAUUACAAAAACAAAAUCAAUAGUAUUAUAAGAGCAUAGUUAUUUGUGUUUCUAACGGAAACACCGUUAUUUAUGCGUAAUUUUAUAGCCUGCUGCAUAAGUAGUGUCAAAUUCUUAUUAGCAUUUCCACUUCAAAUAUUAGUCUAACAGGAGGAAUGGCUUGAACAAUCUUGGGCUGGAAUUGUUCAAGCGCAAAUACCUCAAGCGUGCUAUGAUUGAAGCUUUUAUUUUGCCUUUACUUUCAAAUAAUAAACGCUUUGCAAGCAGCAGAAGACUAAAAGACUAGCUAAUAAAAGAGGAUUCUUAAACAAAAAACAAAA